AUAACAGCAGUGCCCUCCUCCCUCCCAGUGGCUGCCGUGCGGAGAGUGAGCCGGAAAGGUUACGCCGUGCUGAUUGUGCCUGCCGAAUUAGGCAGGAGACAACAUCGCGGUGGCUUGGAGUUGGAGUACAUGUGCACUGGUGUUGCAAUUGACGGAAGGCUCGGCCGGGUGCGUUCCUUCCUUGCAAUGCGACCGAAGCUGCCAUAG